AUGGCACAAACUAUUCAGGAAUUAUUGGCGGAUCGGUCUUCUGCUGCUGAUGGGCAGGCGGCGAGGUAUUUGGAUACGGUUCAGGCUUAUGAUCAGUGGGCGAAGGAUUAA